GUGCGUCAGAGCGCACUGGCUCCCCUCACUCCAAACUCACUGCAUCUCCUUUCCAAGAAAACUCCUCCAGAUUUCAGGAAGCCUCUGGAUUGCUUUAUUUGGAUGUACCGACAAAUAUUACAAACCAUCCUAAAGAAGGAUAGCGGGAGUUUAGAUUGUUUUAUCAGCGCAAAAGGAGGGAAAGCGCCGUUACGCGUCGAUUUGAGAGAUUUAUUCGACAAUUUUGGAAGCAGCGUUCAGGACGCGCAUAAUGGAUCGAUAGUACGAACUUCUGGGAGUGUAAAGAAGCUCCUCUAGACACCGUGAAAGCGCAAUUUUUGGUGGAAUAAAGGAUCGUUACAGAGAAUUAAUUAGUUAUAUAGUGUUAGACACCGUUUCAGAACGACGUGCGCUGUGAUGGAUGGAGCAGUUCUCUUGAUAUCGAUGCUGGUGUUGGUUUUCUCUGGAGAUGUAUGGAGCGCGUCGUAUCCUCAGCGGUAUAACCUUUACGCAGGGACCCAGACUCAGACGCAGCCUUUAAACGGGGCGAGAGCAGCGAGCAGACACAGAAACUGGUGUGCGUAUGUGGUGACCAAGACUGUGAGCUGUGUGGUGGAAGAUGGAGUGGAGACUUACGUGAAGCCUGACUAUCAGCCAUGUUCCUGGGGCAUUCAGUGUGCCCGUGUUGUAGUGUACCGGACCUACAUGAGGCCCAGAUACAAAGUGGCUUACAAAAUGUUAACAGAAAUGGAGUGGAAGUGUUGCCAUGGAUACAGUGGAGAAGACUGUAAUGAUGGACCAAAUGGGGGAUCUGAUACUCAGAUCUCAACAAGCAGACCUUGGCCUAGACCACAACCAGGACAAACUGGAACUAAUUCCGGUCAUGGACAGAGCGGAGGGAAUGGGAGAGGUGACAAUGACAAGAUGAAGCAACUGGAGGACAAAAUCCAGAAGUUGAACAAAGACCUAACUGACCUGCAGUCAACUCUGCGUGGCAUGAAUGAAAGAUUCCAAGAGGAAAUGCAUAAACCAGGUUUUAAUAGUGGCAAAACACCAGCUGAUGCAGCCCAGCCUGAAAUGAAAGAGACCAUCCAUAACAUUCAGACCAAGCUUGAUCAGUUGGACAACCGUACUCAAGCUCAUGACAAGACUCUAGUCAGCAUCAAUAACCACCUCGUGAAUGGAAAGGGAGAAGGCAAUGACUUAGACUUUGGGGGAGUAGGAGGAAACGGGUUCAACACCUUGAAGGAGGAAAUCCUCAGAGAGCUUGAACGUCGAGUGACUCUUUCAUGUUCUGCCUGUCAGUCUGGAGUGGAAGACUUGAGAAGGCAACAGCAACAAGAUCGAGAGAGGAUCUUGGCUCUAGAAAAGCAGAUUAAUGCCAUGGACCAGCGUCACCGCCAGACUCUUGAUGGUUUGCGCCGAGACCUCAGCCGGUCUCAAGGCUGCUGUGACACUGUAACAAACCUUAGUAGACGACUUAAUGACAUGGAUAGGAAGAUAAGCUCAACGUCAGAGGCCUAUGACAAGCUUCAGGAUCGUCUGAAUAGGGAACAAGGAGGAACUGGAGGCGGUGGAAAUUUUGGACAAGUUCCUAUAAUGCCAGAAGAUCUUUUCAAUGAUAAUCUAAAAGACCUGGAGAGACGGCUCAACAACACUGUCCAGAAGGCAGAGGAAAACUGUGCUUAUAUGGAGACUAACAUACAGGACUCAUUCCAGCAGGAACUCAGAAAUCUUCGCAAUGAAUUCAAUAAUCGUUUUCUUGACCAGGAAUACAGGAUUAAUGACAUGGACCUUGAUAUAGGAAUCGUUAAAGAAACUGUAUUUGAUCUUGAUAAGCGCCUAUCUCGGCUUGAGAAUACAACAUCCUUCAUAGACAGGAAGUUACGCGAAUGCUCUGGGUGCUCAGGCUCAAGUUCUGGGUCAAGUCCAACCGGUGGUAGUGCGAGCCCUAGUGAGACAGUGAAGUCUUUGGAGUGGAGAGUCAUUGCAAAUGAAGAUGAGAUCAAGAGGUUUGACACACGACUCAAGGAUCUCUCUGUGUCUGGUUAUUCUCUUGAAGAUAGGGUCAUUAACCUCAGCCAUGAUGUUCGCAAGAUCAAAGCACUAACUGGAGACAAUGGGGAACACUUCAACAGGAUUGUCAUGGAGAUUGAGAACUGUGACGUGUGCAGCACAGUGGAAGAUGACCUAAAGAAACUCAAGAACAUCACAAACCAUGCCAUGGACAGAUGGCAGAAAGAAAUGAACUACAUUAAAGGUCAAAUUGACUCUGGUCAGACGGGUUGUGUGGAUGUUUGCUCCAGUUUGCAGGAUGAGAUGGAUCAGUUGAGACAGGAGGUACAGAAUUGCAGUGGUCAAUGCAAGACCAGCCUGAAUACUCCUACAGGAACGGAAUCAGGAACAGGUCACCUGGAUGACCCACAGAAACCACUGGAUGGAUACAGUGUCAUCAGUAGUAAUACAGGUGACCUCAGGUCAAUUCAGGGAGAACUGUCUGAGGUCAUCUUAACCUUCAGCUCCAUCAAUGACACACUAAAAGGUCUGGAGCAUGUGGUCCAGAAACACGACAGUGUUAUCACCGAUCUUGGAAACACCAAAGACAAAAUUAUUUCUGAAAUUGACAAGAUCCAGCAGGAAAUGACAGAGCACAUAGAGGAUAGCAGGAUACGUUUUGACAAUGUGGAUCGAGAUGUACAUCGCUUUGGGAAUAACUUUGUGGUUGAGAUGGGUGACUGCAAGAGGACCGGCGAUGGUCUGGAUAAGAGGCUCUCUAAACUCGAAGUGGUUUGUGGUCGGCUUGACUCUGUCUCAGAAAAUCUCCAGAAGAUCAAAGAAGGCCUGAACAAACACAUGUCUAGCCUGUGGAACUGUGUCAGUGGGCUAAACAACACAGUGAUCUCACACAGUGGGUUCAUUGAGAUCCUCCAGAACACACAUCUGGAUGAUAUCCAUGGCAACAUCAAGAGACUCAAUUCCUCAGUGGACCACAUCCUCAAGGAGUUCCAGAGCUUAACUGAGAAUGACUUAACAGGUUUAUCUGGACCACCAGGUCCGCAGGGAGAAAGAGGGCUCCCAGGUCCACAGGGACCUCCAGGUAAAUAUGGACCACCAGGUAUUCCGGGCUUACUUGGGCCAAAAGGACCUCCUGGUCUCAAAGGAGAGAGAGGUGUGGCCGGCGCAGAUGCCAACAUACCACGUCUUUCCUUCUCAACAGCUCUCACAAAUCCCAUGGUUACAUCUGGAACAAUCAUUUUUGAUAAGAUCUUGGUAAAUGAAGGAAGCUAUUAUAAUCCACGAACAGGUAUCUUUACUGCACCACUUGAUGGACGCUACUUCUUUAGCGCUAUCCUGACAGGUCACAAAAAUGAGAAGAUUGAAGCUGUGCUCUCCAGGUCUAACUAUGGCAUGGCUCGGGUGGACUCGGCAGGUUACCAACCAGAAGGGUUGGAAAACAAACCCAUGGCCGAAGCAAAACCAACACCAGGUUCUCUGGCUGUCUUCAACAUCAUCCUGCCCCUUCAGGUGGGCGAUACAGUCUGCAUAGACCUGGUCAUGGGCAAACUGGCCCAUUCAGUGGAGCCUUUAACUAUCUUCAGUGGUAUGCUUCUAUAUGAAGAUGUGUAGUGGUCUUUUCAAUGAUUAGCACUGAGACUAAUCAGAAGACUAGCAAAACGACGGGGCUAGAAAGAGACACUCUAAAUGACGUUUAUCCAUCUGGCAUGGCGAUGCACACGCUGUGCAUUGAUUUUUCUUCAGUAUCGUAUCCAAAUCUACGGAUGUUGUUAGACCUCCUAUGAACUCCUUGAACAGAGAAUAUAGUUUUAAGUGGAGGAACUGUUGCCCUCGAUAUGUAAUCCUAACCCGCAUUUUGGAGAAGUGUUGUAACAAAUACUACUGCAGGUUUGUGCGACCAUUGUUGACGAUGUUCUUAUUGAGAUAUUUCCAUGUUAUAUGAAUCACAGACAUGAGUCAAGAGUAAUCUCUCAUGCACCGAAGAUGACUGUGAGGUCUGUUCGACUUCCCAUGUAUGCCACUGCACGGUAAAGUACUCUUCUGCCAAAGAGCUUGACUCGCAGUCAGGGUUAUAUAGGUUAGGCUGAUGGGUGUGGAAUUUGGGAGAUCUGAUGAAAGGAAUUCAUAUUUUUGCUGUGAAUGUUCAAAUCCUGUGCUCCUUUUUCUGCUUUGAGUCAAGGCAUGAUCUUUAAACGUACCAUAUGUGCCUUAGUUUGACUUCUUUCCAAUUCUUUUAUAUUGGAAGUGCCAAGUUUUCCAGGAGUAACAGCCUGCUCUUGCCAAAAAUGCUUUACUUAAUUAAAUAUGUGGUUGGUAGUUAAUGAUUUCAGGAAACAUUGAAUAUGUUAUCCAACCUGACAAUCAGUGAUGUAUAUCAUUGCUUUCCAUUGCAAACUCUGCCUCUGGAAAAGAGAUGAAUGCAAUGAAAUCUUCGUUCCUCAGGCACACGGUUUCCACAGUGGCUUAUCUAACCAACGAGAAAGGGCUUUUUGUACAUGCAUCAUCCUGCAUUUUGAGAUCCUGUUGAAGCAUUUAUAAAGACAUCAGUUCUACUGUAGUGGAGAACCGUUGCAUUUUGCUCCAUAUUCAUAUUCUCAGCCUGAGCGCUCAAUGGAGAUUAUUAUCAAACAGAGCCUGUCCUUAAUGUGGUUCAACAAAGUGCCUUUGAAGAAUAACAAAGCUGAGGAUUCAGAGGGUGUCCUACAUCAACUCCUUCUGUCUGUGUGGUCUCGCUUGAAUGUUUACUGUACAACAGCCCAAAGAAUUUUGAACUAAGCGGCUUUUGCUUUUUCUUGUUUAAAACAUGCUUGUGCAAUUUCACAGCACGAUGAGAGAAAAGAUCUCAGUGUGUGUAACACUAUGAAUUUUCAGACUUCAUAUGGUCUAGAAUGUUGAAAAUUAAGGCUGCUAUCUUUUAUGUGCUGUUUCAUUCAUUAUUUUUAGUUAUAAAGAGAUUUCCCAGCUCAUAAAAUGGAAGCUACGGCAGCAAUGUAAGCAUUAAAACAUCUAUUUACAUGUAAAAGAGACCAAAUCUAAGAUUUUAUAGUUCCCUCUCACGGUUUAACCUGUUACCUUGAAUGUGUACAUUGGCAACACGUGUGUUUCAAAUAAAGAUAUUUAAUUUUACACAUUUUACUCUCUGCUGAACUCAGUGUUAUAGGGUUUUGUCAGGUAUAUUGGAUUACUUGAAGACAUACCAUUUAAUUUAGCACCGGCAUUGUUCAAAACACUAAGCAGACUACUGUUCAUUGUCUCAAACACAAUGAAGAGUGUUUGGUAGUCAAGAACCGUAAUUCUGUUGAAUAGAAUUCCAGUCAGUGAUGGAUGGUGCGAUUUUUGCCACUGUCUGUGACUUCUCUAUUCAACAUGGAAAAAGAAGUCCAUACUGGAGUUGCUGGAUCAUUUGUCAAAGCAAAAUGUGAUUGAAAACAUUGUUCUCAAAUAGAAAGCCCCACUGUUUCUGUUUUUAAAAAUAAUUUUUAGAGGCAUGUGCACAGAAACGCUGUGAUUAAGAAGAGGAGUGUACAAUGCAUUUAAUUUUCUACAUCGCAAGCCAGAGCAGUCGUUCGGAGAUUGGCUUGUGAUUUAAUGGAAAAAAAACAUUUCUGGGUGUCCAUCCAUAGUCAUACUGGGAUGUAGUUUUGGUGAAUAAUGCCUUCUGUUUGUCAAGUCACUGGUGUCUAGACAAAGUGUUGGCGUGUGAACCUCCUGCCCUCAUUCUGAUAUGUGCCACCAUGGGGAGUUUUCAUGAUUAAAAAAAAAAAAAUUCUCAAUUUCUUCAUACUGUAUUCCUGUAUUGCUUUUUCUACUUUAACAACCCUAAAUCCAGUCUGUAAGGAAGGUCAAUCUGUUUUUUCCUUUCUUUGAUGGCGUCAACAUGAAACAGCAUUCAU